AUGUUAUACUCAUUAAUUUCGCUUGGCUUGACCCUGACCGCUGUUACAGGUGUUCUUGCAAAGACAAGCUAUGAUGGAGCUCAAGCAGUCCGUGUUGCUGUAGGUGAUGAUGUUGUACCUUUGAUGAAAAUCAUUGAUAAACUGUCACUCGCGUCGUGGAAGGGCGUUGGACCAAAUGGUGUCCCAAGAGCAAAUGGAAAUGUCGAUCUUGUCGUUCCUGCGAAGAAGGUCGCGGAGUUCACUGCACUUGUUGAUGGUAUGGAAUUCGAAGUCAUGCACGAAGACUUAGGAGCUUCCAUAUCUGCCGAGGAGGAGGAAUCUGUUUCAUUCAAAAGCUCUGCAGCAGCUGCCGUUGAUGUGACCUACUUCAAUGCAUACCACGCGUAUGCCGACCAUCUCACGUUCUUGAGAGAUCUCCAAGCACAAUAUCCAACUCGAUCGGAAAUUGUGACUGCUGGUAACUCUAAUGGUGGUCGUCCAAUCACUGGAAUUCACUUCUACGGAACCGCUGCCGGGAAACCUGCGGUAGUCCUCCAUGGCAAUGUUCACGCCCGUGAGUGGAUUACAGGCAUGACAACCGAGUAUCUCGCUUGGUAUUUACUCACCAACUAUGCUUCCAGUUCUGAAGUCAAGAGUUUCGUUGACAAGUACGACUUUUACAUCUUUCCAAUCGUCAACCCUGAUGGAUUUGUCUACACCCAAACAAACGACAGACUAUGGAGAAAGAAUCGUCAAACGACACCAAACUCUUCCUGCAUUGGUCGUGAUGUCAACCGAAACUGGCCCUUCCAGUGGGCCGUAACAGGUGGCGCGUCUACCGAUCCAUGUAACGAAACAUUCAAGGGUCGUGCUGCUGGCGAUGCCACUGAAAAUGUGGGUCUCCGAAACUACAUUAGUACUCUGGCAGCAAAACAGAAGGUCCAGCUGUUCAUUGAUAUCCACUCCUACUCCCAGCUAUUCAUGACACCUUAUGGGUACUCUUGCUCCGCUCUGGCAACCAACAACGCAGCACUCCAGUCACUUGCACGAGGAACCGCAUCAGCAAUCCAAGCCGUCUACGGGACAGUCUACGAGUACGGUCCUAUCUGCAGCACCAUCUACCAAGCGACCGGUAGCUCCGUCGACUGGGUCAAUGACAUCGCAAAGGCCAAGUACACCUUUACGAUCGAAUUGAGGGACACUGGACGUUAUGGAUUCAUCCUUCCACCAGCUCAAAUUCUUCCUACUGCAUUGGAGACUUACCAAGGGUUUAGGUAUCUUUUGUUGAACAUGGUCUUGUGA